AUGUCAGGUUCUAUCUUAGCUGCUGUCCGCUGGCGUGUACCUAGAUCAGUCGUAUCUGUGCGUAGUAGCUCGACCAGCCGGCAGUCCCGCCAAAAAGACAUCGACAUCAUCCGUCGCCUGCGCAGACAAGAGCGUAUCACAGCCGCCACUUUGGAUGCUGAACUAGACGACUUUCUGCAGCGCUUCGACACUCUCUACACGUCGAGCUCUGCCAGUGAGGAAGCCGUCGCUACUGCUCUGCGACAGAAAAAGUACAUCUCUACAGAACGACUGAGCCAUACAAAGAACAUGGCCAAGUUUGGUCAAGAGAUCGUCGACGACUUCAAUGACUUGAAAAAGCACAUCAAGGACCUCGAAUCCGAGCCAUAUCCAGAUUGGCAGCCUGGUGACUCGGAUGUCGUUCUCCGUCAAUUGGAUGAUCCUAACCUGAAACCCCAAGACUUGGAGAGCGAGAUGAACACCAGACACAAGGACGUCAAGCGUCUUCUUGACCAGGCUGACGAGCAUUACGAAGCCUUGGUCAGAACUAGACAAGCUCUGCGUGAGAGAGGUGCGGCCGCAGCUGAGACUGUUGCCGACGACUUUGUCAACUCACACUCAUCCGAUUAUGACUUUGCGAAUCUCAUUGUCUCCCUGGAUCCUGUCGAUCUCGAUACCAUAGACGAAACACCCGCGGCCAUUCUUGCUCAACUGAGACGAAACACUCCUUAG